GAUGCGGUGUCCGGCGCUGCGGGCCCUGCUGCGGGCUCUGCUCCGGUGCUGGCUGGGCCGAGCGCCGCCGCUGCCCCGAGCCCGGCCCUCGCUGCGCGGCCGCACUGCCAUCGUCACCGGGGGGAGCGGAGGCAUCGGCGAGGCCACGGCGCUGGAGCUGGCUCGCUGCGGGGCACGGGUCGUGCUGGCGACACGGAGCAAACAGCGCGGGGAGGCUGCGGCACACCGCAUCCGAACGGAGACAGGGAAUCCAGAUGUGCGGUUCAUGCACCUGGACCUGGCCAGCCUGCGCUCAGUGCGAGCCUUCGCCAGCGCCUUCCUGCGUGAAGAGCCUCACCUGCACCUCCUCAUCAACAACGCUGGAGUGAGCGCCGGGGGCACGACGGAGGACGGCUUCAGCCUGACCUUCCAGGUGAACCACCUGGGGCACUUCCUGCUGACGGAGCUGCUGCUGGCGCGGCUGCAGAGCUGCUCACCCAGCCGCGUGGUCAUCGUGGCCUCCAGCGCCCACCGCGCCGCCCGCCUGCGCCUCCAUGCCCUGGGGAGCCCAUCCCCGGGGCCUCUGGGCCCCUUCCAGGACUACUGUGACAGCAAACUGGCCAACGUGCUGCAUGCCCGUGAGCUGGCCGCGCGCCUGCGGGGCACCGGGGUCACCUGCUAUGCUGCACACCCAGGGUUUGUGGCCACGGGGCUGUUCCGGCACGCUCCGCUCUGGCUGAAGCCGCUCCUGGUGCCGCUGGCCUGGCUCUGGUUCCGCAGCGCGGCCGAGGGGGCACAGACACCUCUGCACUGUGCCCUGCACCGCGGCCUCGAGCCCCUCAGCGGCUGCUACUUCAGUGACUGUGCCCCACAGGAGCCCUGCCCGCCCGGUGCCGAUGAGCGCCUGGCACGGGCGCUGCGGGAGGGCAGCCGGCGCCUGCUGGGGCUGUGUGGGGAUGGGGACCAUGACAGACACUCGCAUGGCACUGCCACAGCUCAGCACUGAAUGUGACCAUGGUGAAUGGAGCUGCCUCCGGUAA